AUGAUCACACUGGCAUAUUCACUGUUAGCGUUGGCCGUCGCUUCCUUGAGUGAAGGAAGAACGUUUCAGUUCCAAAAUAAACGUGGAGAAACUAUAUGGGUGGGCAGCCUGGGCAAUCCAGGACAUCAGAGCAUCAACGGUGGCGGAUGGGAGAUGGCUGCUGGUACCACGAUGACUGUCAACGUGGACGACUCCUGGCAAGGCCGCAUCUGGGGCCGCACCGGCUGCAAAUUCGACGCGUCCGGACGAGGCAGCUGCCAGACGGGCGACUGUGGAGGGGUGCUGAAAUGCAACGGCGCCGGGGGCAAGCCCCCGAGCUCCCUGCUGGAAGUCACUCUACGCGGAUCGGGCGGCAACGACUACUACGACGUCAGCCUCGUUGAUGGCUACAACAUUCCCAUCACGAUGACUCCCACCGACGCGUCCGGUGGCGGUGACCACUACCGAUGCAGACCAGCGACUUGCACAGCCAACGUGAACGCCAAGUGCCCCUCAGAGCUGCAGGUCGUGGCCAACGGCGCCGUCGUAGCUUGCAAGAGUGCGUGUCUCGCCUUCAACACCGACCAGUACUGCUGCCGCGGUGCCUACAAUACGCCUCAAACCUGCAAGUCCUCCACGUGGCCAAAGAACUACCCGAGCUUCUUCAAAGGUCUCUGUCCUGAUGCCUACAGCUACGCAUACGACGACAAAUCCAGCACAUUCACGUGCGCCAACACAGGCUACAGGAUCACCUUCGGCUGA